GCCGGUGCCUCUGUGGAUUCUCAAGGGGCGGGACGUGGCGCGCUCGCUCAUCAGUGCGAGCGUCGUCUUCCGCGAUGGAGACAACGACACGUUCACCGCCGAUGCGGGCACUGUGGAUGUGACGAUCGAGCAUCGCGUGCCAGUGUGCGCGCAGGAUAGGAAGGUCUUUGGGAGGUCGUGACGCUCCCGCGACGACCGGAAAUGGAAUCAUCGGUGUUUGAGGUUCGCAGUGCCGCAAGAGCAAUCAAUCGUCUAUGUUGUCCCGUCUGUUAUCGUUUAUGCUACCUCCUUGCAUCGCUGUGUACAUUGCUCUCAUCUCCUGUCUGCUCUAUGUAGUGCCUAGUCUAAUCAUCGCCCUUCCCAUAAAAAUCUGUAUAUACCUGACGAUAUUCCGAAGACCAGCAAUUCUACCGUCGAACGAUUCCCCAAUGUGUAACCUAGCAUAUAGCAAUACGAACAUUUCACGGCACUAUUAUCGCGAGAGAUC